AGAAGUUGUUGUUAUUGUGACGUCAUAAGGACUCUACCGUGUGUUGUGAUUCAGUUGAUUAAAGAAGAAAAAAGUCAUACACAUCUGGGAUAGCAUGAAGGUAAAGAAAGAAAAAAGGUGGUUUAUAAAGAGCAGUAACGCCAAGUGUAACCACUGAAGUCUACUGGCACACUAUUGCAAAAAUGAAGACUUUUAAAGAGGAGUUUAAAGAGGAGCAUGAAGACAUCAGUAUUACAGAACCAUGCAGAAUGAAAACUGAAGAUACUGAGGAACAAAGAGACUUGAUUGAAGUAAAAGAAGAAAGUCAAGAACUGAAUGACAUAGGGGAGAAACACCAUCAAUAUCAUCGAAGAACAAGAGGCAAAAAGUAUUUUACCUGCCCUCACUGUGGAAAGAGUUUUGCACAAAAAGGAGACCUUAAGCGUCACAUAAGAAUUCACACUGGAGAGAAGCCUUUCACAUGCUCUCAGUGCGGCAAGAGUUUCAGAGAGAGUGGAAUAUUUAAAUGUCACAUGAGAAUUCACACUGGAGAGAAGCCUUACACAUGCAAUCAGUGUGGAAAGAGCUUUUCACAGAGAGGACAGCUUGACGGUCACAUGAGAAUUCACACUGGAGAAAAGCCCUUCUCCUGCCCUCAAUGUGGAAAGAGUUUCAGAGAGAAAGGAUAUCUUAAUCGUCACAUGAGAAUUCACACUGGAGAGAAGCCCUUCACAUGCCAUCAGUGUGGAAAGAGUUUCACACAAACAAGCAAUCUCAAAAUUCAUCUGCAAUAUCACUCUGGAUUAAAGCUGUUGAACUGUGAUCAGUGUGGCAAGAAAUUUAUGCGGACAUCAGAUCUAAGGAUACACCUGACAUCUCAUAAAAAUGAGAAGCCUUACGUGUGUUCUUUUUGUGGAAAGAGUUUUUCUUACUCAGGACACCUGAAAUCACAUGAGAGAGUGCACACUGGAGAGAAGCCAUACCAGUGUACUUCAUGUGAUAAGAGUUUCACCCAAUCAAGUAAUCUAAAUACUCAUUUAAAAAAGGGUUGUUCAAAUUUGUCAUUAGAGGACGAGAUUCAUGAGGAGCAUGGGGUUCAUGAGGAUAAUUGUCACCGGCUUCAGCCUUGCAUCUCCCCGCUUCUCCAUCUUAAUGGGCUUCGCCUAUUCAGUACACCAUGGCGAUUCGUGGCCUGCUCUGACUGUCAGGAAGUCACUUCUCAAUCUCCCCGCCAUUACUUGAUAGAAGUAAAAGAAGAAAGUCAAGAACUGAAUGACAUGGAGGAGAAACACCAUCAAUAUCAUACAUUUGAUAAUUUCAUCACUGGUGAAGAUUCUUUAAAUGGCUUAAAGACAGAAAAUAAUUUCUCAUGGAAAAGAACUCAAAGAACAAAAGUCAUAAAUUCUUUCACCUGCUCUCACUGUGGACAAAGUUUCACAAAAAAAAGAAACCUUAACACUCACUUAACACUUCACCCUGGAGAGAAGCCUUUCACAUGUCAUCAGUGUGGAAUGAGUUUUGCACAAAAAGGAGAUCUUAAGGGACACAUGGAAAUUCACACUGGAGAAAAGCCUUUCACCUGCCUUCAGUGUGGAAAGAGUUUCAGACAGAAAGGAAACCUUCUGCGUCACAUAAGAAUUCACACUGGAGAGAAGCCUUACUCUUGCUCUCAGUGUGGAAAGAGUUUCACACAAGCAGCCCAUCUUGCACUUCAUCUGCAAAAUCACACUGGAGUAAGGCCAUUUAACUGCGAUCAGUGUGGAAAGAAGUUUAGGCGGAAAUCAAAUCUAAAGAUACACAUCACAACUCACACAAAUGAGAAGCCUUGUCUGUGUUCUUUUUGUGGAAAGAGUUUCGCUCACUCAGUACUCUUGAAAGCACAUGAGAGAGUGCAUACUGGAGAGAAGCCAUACUACUGUACCUCAUGUGGGAAAAGUUUCUCAAAGAAAGAACAUCUAAAUGUUCACAUGAAAAUUCACACUGGAGAAAAGCCCUUCCCCUGCCAUCAGUGUGGAAAGAGUUUCAGAAAGAAAGGAAACCUUCUGCGUCAUAUAAGAAUUCACACUGGGGAGAAGCCUUACUCUUGCUCUCAGUGUGGAAAGAGUUUCACACAAGCAGCCCAUCUCGCUCUUCAUCUGCAAAAUCACUCUGGAUUAAGGCCAUAUAACUGCGAUCAGUGUGGAAAGAAAUUUAGGCGGAAAUCAAAUCUGAAGGUACACAUCACAUCUCACACAGAUGAGAAGCCUUGUGUGUGUUCUUUUUGUGCAAAGAGUUUCGCUCACUCAGUACUCCUCAAAGCACACGAGAGAGUUCAUACUGGAGAGAAUCCAUUCCACUGUACUACAUGUGGGAACAUUUUUUCAAAGAGAGAACAUCUAAAUGUUCACAUGAAAAUUCACACUGGAGAAAAGCCCAUCCCCUGCCUUCAAUGUGGCAAGAGUUUCAGAGAGAAAGGAGAUCUUCAGCGUCACAUGAGAAUUCACACUGGAGAAAAGCCCUUCCCCUGCCUUCAGUGUGGCAAGAGUUUCAGAGAGAAAGGAAAUCUUCAGUGUCAUAUGAGAAUUCACACUGGAGAGAAGCCUUUUACAUGUAAUCAGUGUGGAAGAAGUUUCAAACAAGCUGCCCAUCUCACAGUUCAUCUGCGCUAUCAUUCUGGAUUAAGGCCAUUUGACUGUGAACAGUGUGGAAAGAAAUUUACGCGGGCAUCACAUCUAAAGACACACAUGACAACUCAUACUAAUGAGAAGCCUCAUGUGUGUUCUUUUUGUGGAAAGUGUUUCGGUACAUCAGCAUACCUGAAAAUACAUGAGAGAGUGCAUACUGGAGAGAAGCCAUAUCACUGCACUUCAUGUGGGAAGAGUUUCACUCAAUCAGGUCAUCUACUCACUCAUAUAAAAAAGCAAAAUUGUCCAAAACUGUCAUAGUGAGCAAUGUAAAUUUCAGGGUCAACACUUAUGUAUUUAAUGUAGCAUUUCAGUCAGUUUACUAGAUAUGUUAUAAUUUGAAAGUGAAUAAAAAAACAAUUAAACAAUACAUAAAGUAAUCCCACUAAGGCAAUAACUGUCUUUCCUCUUCUUAAAGAUAAACUCAAUUUAUUCUUUCACCACUGUUGCUCACCUUCCUUUUUACUUGUGCUUCUCUGAGCAAUUUGCAACUUUGUAUUAUAUAUCAAAGAAGUAUCAAUUGCUUCUGUUGUAUUCCUCAUUUGUAAGUCGCUUUGGAUAAAAGUGUUUGCUAAAUUAUUAAUGUAACUGUAUAUUCAACGAACACUAUAUUAGGAACACUAUGGUCUUAAUAAAGUGCCUGAUGUGGUUUUCUGCUGUUGCGACCUAUCCACCUCGAAUUUGACAUGUGCAUUCUGACAUGCUAUUCUUCUCACCACAAUUGUACAGAGCGGGUAUCUGAGUUACCGUAGACUUUGUCAGUUUGAACCAGUCUGGCCAUUCUCUGUUGACCUCUCAUCAACAAGGCAUUUCCAUCCACAGAACUGCCACUCACUGGAUGUUUUUUUUUUAAUUUUUUUUUUUUUGGGCACCAUUCGGAGUAAAUUCUAGAGAUUGUUGUGCAUAAAAAUCCUAGGAGAUCAGCAGUUACAGAAAUACUCAAACCAGCCUGUCUGGCACCAAAAAUCAUGCCACGGUCCAAAUCACUGAGAUCACAUUUUUUCCCAUUCUGAUGGCUGAUGUGAACAUUAACUGAAGCUCCUGACGCGUAUGUGCAUGAUUUUAUGCACUGCGCUGCUUCCACAUGAUUGGCUGAUUAGAUAAUCCCAUGAAUAAGUAGGUAUACAGGUGCCAGACAGAUGACUCAAGUUUGUUUUGGAGUGAGUACGGAGCCUGCCGACCUAUUUAAGAACUCUACAGCCAAGUUGGUAUGGAGCCAGCAUUGAAAGCUAAGGAGAUUUUCUGACCAGCCUCGUAUUGUUUCAUAUUUGACCCUCCCUCUGUGCUCCUGCAGUGGUGUCUCACUCUCCCAUGCAUAUACAUACACCCUUCACAAACACACACACUGGCCUCUUAAUUGUGUAUGACGUUUUAUGUGUUAAUUGUGAUUGUUUGAUUCGGACUGUUUGCUUUAUUUUAUUGAAUUUUUGGUUUAUAUUUUCAUUGUUCACAAUAAAUGUGUUACUGAGUUUGAGUCACAGACACUUGUUUUCAUCAUGGAUAUUAUCUUCCUUUUUAAGAGAUUGUUUUAUUUAUAAUUUUUGUAUUUUAUUUGUCUGGUGACAGUUCCCAGCAAAAUACAAAUGUGUCUAUGAUCGCUGUGACUGCUGGCUUAUGAAGUGCUAUCCUGGGUCUUAAGUGUAUUUUAACUGGCCCAAGCCUGUCUGGCGCCCAAAUAUAUUUAAUUUUUUAUAAUUUAAAUUUAAGUUUUGGUGCGCCACCGUUACAUGAGAAAAAUCUUACUAAUCUAACUAUUUGCCAAUGAGGUAAGUAAAUCAAAAUGAAUUUAAAGGGAAAACAAAUGUAUUUUCUUACCCCAAUGGCAGAUUUGUUUUUCUUGUUUUUAAGAAAAGUUUACUAAAUUUGGUCAGGUUUCACUGAAAUCGAGACUUAAUUUCUUAUUACAUUUUGCUUAAGUAAAUAUAUCUUGUUUUAUGAAUAUUUAGGUAUUUUUACUGGAAGACCAGACAAAAAUACUAAGAAAAUUUGUAUUUUUAUUUUUUGCAGUGUAUACAGUAAAUGAUCAUUACCUUGUAUAACAACAACAAAGGUUUCUACCAGAUCUGAUAUCAUUUAUUCUGCCUUCACGUGCUAGCUGAAUGAUUUUAAAUUCGA